GCCAGGGCGGGCGGCGGCGCGGCGGGAGCGCCGCGGGGAGGGCUGCGCCGGUGGCUCUUCUCACCGCCCCCGGGGCGCCCCGCGUCUCCCCUCCGGGACCCAAGCCGUCGGCCGUAGCGGGCGGCCGGAUCCGCGUCCCGCCUCGGCGCCGAGAGGACAUGCGGGAGAGAGAAUGAGCCAGAGGGACACGCUGGUGCAUCUGUUUGCUGGGGGAUGUGGUGGUACAGUGGGAGCUAUUCUGACAUGUCCGCUGGAAGUUGUGAAAACAAGGCUGCAGUCAUCUUCUGUGACACUGUACAUCUCUGAAGUUCAGCUGAACACCAUGGCCGGAGCCAGUGUCAACCGAAUAGUGUCACCUGGACCUCUCCAUUGCCUAAAGGUGAUCUUGGAAAAAGAAGGGCCUCGUUCCCUAUUUAGAGGAUUAGGCCCCAAUUUAGUGGGGGUAGCCCCUUCCAGAGCAAUAUACUUUGCUGCUUAUUCAAACUGCAAGGAAAAGUUGAAUGGUGUAUUUGAUCCUGAUUCUACCCAGGUACACAUGAUUUCAGCUGCAAUGGCAGGUUUUACUGCGAUCACAGCAACUAACCCCAUCUGGCUUAUAAAGACUCGGUUACAACUUGAUGCAAGGAGCCGUGGGGAAAAGCGAUUGGGUGCUUUUGAAUGUGUUCGCAAAGUUUAUCAGACAGAUGGACUUAGAGGAUUUUACAGGGGCAUGUCUGCUUCCUAUGCUGGCAUAUCAGAGACUGUUAUCCACUUUGUUAUUUAUGAAAGUAUAAAGCAAAAACUGCUGGAAUGUAAGACUGCCUCUAUGAUGGAAAACGAUGAAGAGUCUGUGAAGGAAGCAUCAGAUUUUGUGGGAAUGAUGCUAGCUGCAGCCACCUCAAAGACUUGUGCCACAACUAUCGCAUACCCUCACGAAGUUGUAAGAACAAGACUACGUGAAGAGGGAACAAAAUAUAGAUCAUUUUUUCAGACACUGUCUUUGGUUGUUCAAGAAGAAGGUUAUGGGUCUCUUUACCGUGGCCUAACAACUCAUCUGGUGAGACAGAUUCCAAACACAGCCAUUAUGAUGGCCACCUAUGAAUUGGUGGUGUACCUACUCAAUGGAUAGCGAUGCGGGGCUGCUCCAGAGAGGGGAGACCAAAAGAUUGCAGUGGACCAUGGAGUAUCCAAGCCAGCGUGGUGGACGGAAGAAAAGUAGUUUGGGAACAUGUAACUAUGCCUAAGUGGAAGUUUGGUUGUAGGAAUUUAAGUAACCAUACCGCAUUACUUGAUCUUUCAGUAAUGAGGGGAAGAAAAACCUUGGCUGCCUCCAAGGAAAUGCCUUUCAAAGCACUCCUUACGCAAAAUUGCCAUUUUCUCUACCAUGUCCACCAGAUGCAGUUGUGUUUCGUUGAUUUAUGGCAGUCAGAGUAUAGUGUUGUUUAUUCCAUGAGCACACACUUCUCCAGUAUUCUAAACACGUACUGUAACUAUCCAAAGAUAGUAUUGGCAGUCAUAAAUUCCCGAUUUCUGGCUAUUAAUUCCUGUAAAAGUGGUAAGCAACAACAUUAGGGAGAGCCUCGGUAUUACUGUCACAUUUUCCCAAGAAGACCUGGCUCAAUAUUUUAUGUUCAGCUAUUUGGCUUUGUAGUCAUUGUUUUUACAGCCAACGAGAUAGCCUCUAAAUAUCUUACAUAUUUUUAACAUUAAAAUUUUGAUUUCCACAGCUAACAAGUGCUUGAUCUUUUGCAUAAUGUGGAUUUUAAAUUGUUUGCCAGUGUAUCCAACUCCCAUGGUAAUGGUUUGGGAAGAUGAACUAAACUAGUAAAAUGUUGAUUCUUGGCCAUUCUGGUGACUUGAACAUGUCCUCACACCUUCCCGAGUUAUACGGUACAUGAAUGAAUGCAGUCGUCUUUUCAGUGACUUACUGGAUAUAAACUUGACUGUCCACCUAUUUGUCACGCCUAAGUAUCAUUACAAGUGGAAAACACCCCACUUCUCAAUUUUUCUGUACUUGCUUUCACUUUAAGAAUUUGAGCCCUUGAGUUGUUUUCAAGCCCAUAUAGAUUAUAUUUAAUUAUUUUGUAGAGAAACUGGUAAUUUUCUGUUUGGCCCUUGCAAGAUUUUAUUUUAAAAAUAACAUACUAAUACUGAUAUGUGGGACAGUAACAAGUAUUAAAGAUGAGGGGCCCUGUGCAUCUGAUUCAGUGGGUAAUGCUCAUAAUUGACUUAGAGUUUGGCAAAAGAACAAACUGCUUUUGACAAGAAAUUUAUUCUGUGCUGAUUUUCUGAAUGGUAAACCAUAGCAUUCAAGUUAGUUUGGAUUAAAUGUAUUAACAGGAUUUAACUUUUAAAUUUUGCUAUUGAGACAACUGUACCUUUUACUACUUUAAAUGUAUUCUAUAUAUGGCCCUUAUGAAGCUAUUUGUUGUAAUUCUGUAAGAGACUUUGCCUAUGGCUGUUGCUAUACUGGUAUAUAAAACGUCUACAAUUAAACUCCAGUGUGGUGUUCAUUUCAGUAGACCUUAACUGUGCAUUUUGUGCAAUGGCUUUAUCUUCAGAAUGACUCCUUGUGAACGCACUUUGUGGCCUUGUUUUGAGGUAUGAGAAUAGAGAAUUUCAUGGUAAAAUUAUAUUUUUUAAAAUAUUGGCCAUGUAUUGGGCAGAAACAGUGUUGAUAACUUUUUUGGGGUUUUAGGUAUAUUGCUUUGGAGACCUUUAAUAUAAAUGUUUUAAGUAUUCUGUGUACCGUGUAGUGCCCCCAACAUGAUUGCCAGCUUACGUUGCUGACACCAGUGAAGUGUAGUGCCCGCUUACAUUCUUCAACCUGACCUCUUGUAGUCAACAAUAACUGGAUGUUUCUGAGGUGCUCAAUUGGAAUUACGGAUAUUCCAGCCCAUGUGGAGACCAAAGGCAAAUUGAGUUUCCUUACUUUUUAUGGUAAAUUUCAGCUUUGACAUUUAUUGUGAGGAACAUACAAAAAAAAAAAAAAAAAGAAAAAAAAGCAGGGGAUUCUAACUUAAAAGUGGAGAAGUCUCAACCUAUGGUGUUUACCUUUUCGGGUGCCACUAAUACUGCCUGAUAAUCCAGUGCCAUUUGCCUCUGAAGACCCAUCAACUUCAGUUAUGUUGAAUGUAGGGCAGAGACCUCCCUCAUCUCGCUGAUCUCAGUACCCACAAAUGAUGAAGAAUGAUACGAAAACCAGCAGCUAAGGAACACCUUACAGAGCUGUAGCAAAUUCCUAACAAGUGUCCUUCCAGGAUGACCGUGAACGCUCUCUCCGCUUGUAUUUAGCAAGUCCAAUUUGGCCUUCAGUGCAUCGUAUUCAUCUUCUAAAGCUCUUCUGUGUGCACUAGAAGGAACAGAGCCUCAGUGCUUAUUUGUGCAGCAGCUAGAAAAGCACCGCUUGCUGUAGGUUAGUUUUUGUGUGACAGGGAUAAUUCAAACAAGUUGUAUUUAAAGUUUGCCUCUGAAAUCUUUCUUCCAAAAAUUUUUAGUGAAUAAUUAAAAUUGAGUAUAUAUAUAUUUUAAUUUAAAAAGAGAAUGCAUACUCAAAGCGUUGGACUUUUUGGGUAGUGUAGACUAUGUUUUGUUUUUAACUUUACUUCUGGUGUAAGGUGGUCAAUACUCUUCAGAUUGGAAUGUGCUUUUACUAUAGCAUCUUCUCUGAAAAUGGAACUGAACAUACUCAAGUUAAAGCAGUAGAUCCUGGAAAGAACGUCCUCCCACAGAGCGGCCACAGAAAGAACUAUGGCUGCCUCUGCUACCUAUGACUCAGAGAAUGGAUUUUGUAAAUUUCAGAAUCCAAAUGGGGGACUUGCCCCAUGAUUGCAGGCUACCAUACAGUGCUUUUAAUUGGGGGGGGGGGGGGGGGGCCUGUACCACCAAAACUGGCUCUUGAUUCUCAUUGUGUAAUUUUAAUAGAACCAACCCUACUGGAUGGGCCUCAUGCCCAUAAAUAAAUCACAAAGCAUAUGGAUUUGAAUUUGAAGGCGUUUCAAGUGCUAGAAGUCAAUCCAUUCCCUGCCCUUCCAGAAUCACUCCUGCCUGUCUGUUUACAUGCUCUUGUGCCCGCUCUCUGGGUACUGUAGGGACUCUCUUUGGACUGCUGCAUAUAGUUCAGCCUUUUCUCCUCUGAUAUUGAUCAUGACUUUAACAUUCCUAACAGUGUAGUUGUUUGGGAUGAUUUAAAUUUGGAGGGCGUGUCGGUGUAAAGUCCAGUGCUUUCUGUCUACUCAGUAGCACUUCUCCAUCCUGCCCUCACAUUUGCCAUGUAUCUGUACACUGACUUUAUGCUAGUCCUUUCUGAAGUGAAAAACUGUAACUUCACUCAGUUUUUGUGUUAAUAAGCUUUUUGAAUGUGUACCCCAGUGUAUGUGAACAAGUAGAUUGUGACCUGUAAGUCGUAGCUAAUUAGUCAACUUAAAAUGAGUUGGUAACUUUUAACCAUUCAUGUGAGGUUUGCUAUUCUUGAUUUAUUUACAUUGCUAUAAAUUAUGUGCAUUUAUUCUGUAUUUAUGUUAACCAGCCAACUUUUACUUGAAUUGUUAAGAUUCAAAAAAUU